AUGAUUGAUUUCACCAAGAUGAGUAUUUCUCAAAAGACAGAUACCUUGUAUUUCCCUGGUGGUUUUUGCCCUAUCGUGGGUCUUGGUGGGUACUUAAGCGGUGGUGGCUAUGGAAACCUAAUCAGGAAAUACGGAACUGCUACUGAUAAUAUUUUGGAUUUUCGCUUCAUUGAUGUCAAUGGAAAUAUUCUCGACAGGAAGUCAAUGGGAGAAGAUUUGUUUUGGGUUAUCCGAGGAGGUGGUGCUUCUAGUUUUGGAAUCGUUCUUGCAUGGAAGCUGAGAUUCGUUCCCGUUCCAGAAAUAGUAACCGUCUUUAUACUAAAUAAAACGUUGGAACAAGAGGCAACUGAAAUUUUCCAUAAAUAUCAAUGCGUUGCACCAACUAUUGAUAGAAAUCUGCACAUAAGAACUCAGGUGUUUGGAGAAUAUAUCGUAAAUACCACAAAGAAAACCAUACGGAUUAUGUUCGAAGGAAUUUAUCAGGGUACAAGAGAUACAUUGCUUCCAUUGUUGGACGAAAAUUUUCCGGAGUUGGUGUUACACAAGAGAUUUGUGAAAAAUCAGAAGCAUCUAGUCAACCCUUGUGUUUUGGGGCUUGCCAAGCUCCACCCCGAUUGA